AUGUUGAGCAAUGAUGGCAUUCUCGGAGAACCCAAGCACUGUCACGGAGCUUCAAUCGCAGCUGCAAUCAAACGCCGAAGACCUCUGCUUGCUGUCACUGCGCUGGCGCUGGUGAAUGUUCUGGUGUUUAUGAAUAUUCUCUAUCAGAAAAGUGCAGCUUCUGGGUUCAAUCAUGCUAGUAUUUCGAGACCAACUUCUCCUUUACCACCGACUGAGCCGGAGCUUGUGAAGCCUGAGAACUUGACAAUUUCUGGAAUUGUUUUCUUUGGACGAAAGGACAGGGUCGAGUCCAUGCACUGCUACCUGGAGAGAAACCUUGUUGAUAAUGGCGGAUGGCUGGAUGAGGUUCUUUGGGUCGUCAAUACCGAAAACAAAGGGGAUCUUGUGUAUUUAGAUACAUUGCUAUCCCGUGCACCUCGACGCUACAAGAAGUUAGAUCUUGGGAAAAGGGUGAGAGGCCCUGAAUUUAGACAGAUCUGGAAGCACUUGUAUCGAGGGAAAUUAUACAUCAAAAUUGAUGACGAUGUUGUUUGGCUGGCCGACGACGCAAUUCCGCGAAUAGUAAACCACAAAGUGCACAAUCCAGAUGACUUUGCUGUAUCUGCAAAUAUCAUAAAUAAUCCCCCUUUAUCGUUUAUACAUUAUCAUCUUGGCGCCUUGCACCCUUAUUUCCCUGAGCUGGACGAGGACGGCAAUGCAACGCAAAAGAUUAGCCCAAACAAAGCCUGGCGGCCGUCAGCUCAUCCUCACUGGGAGGGUCCAGAGGCCUUUGAAUGGUCGUUGGAUACCGCUCCGCCAGCUAGAGGCCACCGCUGGCUCCGCGUGAAGGACGACACAGCCAUCUCGCGCACACCGGUAUCAAACCUUAAGUAUGAAGUAUGGGGGCAUACAUACUUAAGCUGGGCCAUCGCCGCACAGCAGCACUACUCGUUUCUUGAAAAUCUAGAAACAGGGAAUUUGCAUUUAUACAAUCUCGGUCGUCCAUGGAAUAUGGACAACGAGCGAAUUCGGAUCAAUGUGCUUGCUGUUAUGGCGGACGAUAUAUUGGAUAGUGAUAUUGAUAGCUGGCCGGCGGAGAGGAGUGAUGAGGAGAUGGUUGUCAUGGUGUUGCCGAAAAUGUACUCAAGACCGGUCAAUGUCAUCGGCUCUGCACUUGCAGUACAUUUUAAUUUUCAGCAUCAACCCGGCGUUGCAUAUACCGAUUUAUUAUCCCGAUAUCGAAUGCUGGCUCUUGAGCGUGCUUGUCUCCCAGGGUGA